UGAUCCAAUCUUUUUCCCCAAAAUUUAUCCUUUGUGAGAUAUUUUUCCUCCUUCUUUGCUAAACUCCACGCGAAGCUUCUUCUUCUUCUUCUCCUAGAUUCCCAGCUACUGUUUCUCUUCUAAACAGGUCUGUGCUAAUCUGAUGUGAUUGGGAAGAAAUCACAAAAAAAAAAAUGGAUCCGGCGAGUAAUUCACAGAUUAUGCCGAUUGAUUUGCCGAUUAUGCACGACAGUGAUCGUUACGACUUCGUCAAAGAUAUUGGCUCUGGUAAUUUCGGUGUAGCUCGUCUCAUGACUGAUAGGGUUACCAAGGAGCUCGUUGCUGUUAAGUACAUCGAGAGAGGAGAAAAGAUUGAUGAGAAUGUUCAGAGGGAGAUUAUCAAUCAUAGAUCACUGAGGCAUCCUAAUAUCGUCAGGUUUAAGGAGGUGAUUUUGACGCCUACCCAUUUGGCUAUUGUUAUGGAAUAUGCUGCUGGUGGAGAACUUUAUGAGCGGAUUUGCAAUGCAGGGAGGUUUAGCGAAGAUGAGGCUCGGUUCUUCUUUCAGCAGCUUAUCUCUGGAGUUAGUUAUUGUCAUGCAAUGCAAAUCUGUCAUCGAGACUUGAAGCUGGAGAAUACAUUGUUGGACGGAAGUCCGGCACCUCGUUUGAAAAUAUGUGAUUUUGGUUAUUCCAAGUCUUCUGUUCUUCAUUCGCAACCAAAGUCAACUGUUGGUACUCCUGCAUACAUCGCACCAGAGAUUCUUCUUCGACAGGAAUAUGAUGGCAAGCUUGCAGAUGUAUGGUCAUGUGGUGUAACCUUAUAUGUAAUGUUGGUUGGAGCAUAUCCAUUUGAGGAUCCACAAGAGCCAAGAGAUUAUCGAAAAACAAUACAAAGAAUCCUUAGUGUCACAUACUCAAUUCCAGAGGACUUGCACCUUUCACCAGAAUGUCGACAUCUAAUAUCCAGGAUUUUCGUGGCCGAUCCUGCUACUAGAAUCACUAUUCCAGAGAUCAAAUCCGAUAAAUGGUUCUUGAAGAAUCUUCCAGGUGAUUUGAUGGAUGAGAACAGAAUGGGUAGUCAGUUUCAAGAGCCCGAGCAGCCGAUGCAGAGUCUUGACACGAUCAUGCAGAUAAUAUCAGAGGCUACGAUUCCAACUGUUCGUAACCGUUGCCUUGAUGACUUCAUGGCGGAUAAUCUUGAUCUAGACGAUGACAUGGAUGACUUUGAUUCCGAAUCUGAGAUUGAUGUUGACAGUAGUGGAGAGAUAGUGUAUGCUCUCUGAGGUUCUGAGGACAAAGUCUGUUUUGUCCGUUACUGUUGAGACACAACUGUGGAGUAUUGUCUUAGCUCCACUCCAUCGUUCAUUUUUGGAUCGUUUGUUGGUUUUUAGUUUUACGCUACAAACUUUGGAUUCACAUACACAUAUAUGUAAUAUAAUGUAUAAUAUAUUUAUGUAUUUCUCUUUGUUUAA